UUCAAAGAAGCCCCGCGACUUGAGUCCGUGGUAGUGGUAUCUAACUGGUACUGCAACUUCCCUUCUCGUUCAUCCGGCUCAAAUUCGUAAAAAAUGUCUUCCCAUCAAUCCCCAAUCAACACGAAGAUACAAUGUGAUAUGUCAGUUCGUCAAGUUACCUCUGCGUGUCCUCUAGCUCCAGGCUUGACGAAGGGCCAAUCAAAUGAUAUGGCCCCAAGGUUUUGCCCAAGAUCAAACCAAGGCAGAAUUCAAGUGUAUCAAAAGGCUGGCUGCCAGGACGCCCGAAUAAUUGCAGCGUCGAGCUCAUCAGAAGCCGGCUCACAGGACGCAAGCAACACAGUUCAAAAAAAACCAAGAAUCGUAUGCGGCGAUUAUCCGACGGCCUGUUCUCCAGUGCCUUCAAUAGUAUCUCUUCCAUUAACCUUGAGUGAUUGUGAGAGCGAUGAUGACGAUGGGUCCAACACGGAGCAUGUUCCUCACCGGCCGGCGAUCCCCCCAGCGAAACUCUCAUUUCCUAAACAGCCGACCGGACGCGUUGAAUUUCCUAAUCAGCCCUCAAGAAUUUUUGAUUCACAAACUGAUCAAAUGGAACAGAGUGCAUACUUGCCGCGGGCCACGAAGCUGGACAGUUGCACUUCGACUCAGGCUACUGUCACGACUGAUACGCCGCUCGAAGAAAUGUACGGGAAAGAAUUAACUUCUUACCCCCAGCAAACUGUCAUUGAAGAAGAAAUGAAAGCGAGUCUACUCUCGUUAUUGAGUAUCGAAUCCUUCACCUACAUGCUGUCCAAACCCAAGACUCGUAAUGUCUUUCGAGACUGGUUGGUCAUCCAAGGAGGGGUGGAAAAGCUAGACCGAUGGACUGAAGAGUCUCGGAUCAAUCAACUGCACAUAGAGGCUCAAGAAAACGCCAAGAAAGUAUUACAUCAUUACCACGAGUCCGAUGGGAAACGUAGUACGCGAACUAGUCUAAUUGCCAGGCUCGACGGUGAAGCUAUCAAGGAAACCGUAAACCUGGCGCAUUCAUCACAGGUAUUGGUUGCUAGUCGCCAAUACCUGCUUGAGUCUUUGUAUAAUGAUACUUUCAAGCAAUUCAUAACCAGCAAGCUCCUUGAGAUAACCAAGAUGAAAUUAUGCAGCGGAGUAGAUGAAGAAACUUGUCAAGGGCUAGGCGAUUCAUUUUGUGUGACCAACCCACGUCUUAGAGACAACCCAGUGGUCAUGGUUUCACCCAGCUUCAGCGCAACGACAGGCCACGAUAGACACUUGAUUAUUGGCAAGAAUUGUCGCUUUCUACAGGGACCAGGGACCAGUCCGCAAUCAAUCCAACGUCUUCGACAAGCCUUAAAGCAGGGACUUCCUUCCGUGGAGCUUCUUCUGAACUACAAAGCUGAUGGGACACCAUUUUACUGCCUCUUGAGCAUCAUUCCGUUGUUUGAUGAAAAGGGCUUUCUUAGCUAUUACAUAGGAGGACAAAUUAACGUCACCGACGAGUUGCGCAACAAUCAACUGAUGGCCCUGAUCUCGCAGACCAACGCUCCUCCUGAAAAAAUAACCUCAGCGGAUUUUGAGCUUCCGGCGGGCGCACCGGCUAACCAUGCCAAAUUUGAAAAACUUGCUGCUAUUAACCCUAGACUUUUGGAUAAGCUAUCCAGCAGCAAUGACACUCAUGACAGCAAGGACACCCUUGGCUCGAAACCAAAAAGCUCCACAAGUUUUCCAUUCAAUUGGUUUAGUUCAAAGAUCAAACAAGAAAAAAUCAUGCAGGACAUUGAAUUCACAAAGCCUGAUGAUAGAAGUGAAUUUAAUGGUUCUACCUUGCACGAGAGUAUCUCGGCUUUCCAAUCCACGUAUUCACGGCUCAUAUUGUUCAAGAAGGCUUCUCGCUCCAUCGUUUUUAUUACACCCGAAGCGCUGGACUUUUUAGGUUAG